AUGAUGUGCCUCUACCUCCACCAUCACCACCUCCCCGUGAAAGAGUAUCCAGAUGCAGCAGAAGUUGCUCGAUACUUGGCAGAAGUUAUGGCCCGAGUUCCGCGCCCAAUAAUCAAAGAGGAAGAGAUAGGUUGUUCCUUUAAAUAUUUUUGUGCACACAACUACCCAGCCUUUGAUGGUACUCAAGGGUAUUUAGCAAUGGAAUCCUGGAGUGCUAACAUCCUUAGGCUGUUUGAAGUAAUUGGCUGCACCAACGAACAAAGGGUUUUAUAUGCUGGUUACAAGCUUAUUGAUGAGGCCUCAAGAUGGUGGGAGUCAAGGAGAGAACUGCUGGACUUAGAAAUGGGAGGAGCUGAGGUUACUUGGACUCGCUAUAAGAAAGAAUUUAAUGAUCGAUUCUUUCCUAGAGCUCAACAACAACUUCGAGCUAGAGAAUUUCAAAAUCUGGUUCAAGGCAAUUUAACGGUAGAACAGUAUGUUGCUAAGUUCAUGGAGUUGGCAAGAUUUGCUCUAAACCUAGUUCCUGAUGAAGAGACAAAAACUGAGAGAUUUCAUGAAGGUGUUCACCCCUGA